AUGGCCUCGGAAAGAAGCACAAGCAUCAUCGUAACCGGAGGCGCCUCAGGCAUCGGCCUGGGCAUCACCCGCUACUUCGCCUCCCAACCAAACACCCACAUCACCGUCUUCGACAUAACCGACGGCACCGCGGUCCUUGACCAGCUACGCACCGAGUUCCCCUCCGCAAGCCUGGCCUUCUUGCAAUGCGAUGUCUCCUCCUGGGAAAGCCAAGCAGCGGCUUUUGAGAAGGUAGUCGCCGAGCAGGGGCACAUCGAUAUCGUCUUCGCCAAUGCCGGCAUCACGCAGAAGGGAGACCUGCUGGCCAACAUCCACGAGGCGAAGCCUUCGAAGCCGGAGCUGACGACGUUGGAUGUUAACCUUGUGGGCGUGAUAUACAGUACCUCUCCCCCUGUCCCCUCCCGCCUUCACUUUCCAGGAAGUGCUAACACUGAGGUGUCAGCGGUCAAGCUAGCCGCGCAUUAUAUGGUGAAAAACCCGCCAAGAAGAUUAGAGACAGGCCUCUCCAAGGGGAGUAUCACCUGCACGGCCUCGAACGCAGGGAUCUACCCGUUCCCGAUUGCGCCGCUGUACGCGGCCACGAAGAGCGGUGUGAUCGGGCUGGUGCGCUCGCUUGCGCGGUCCCUGGAGCGGGAGCAGAUCCAGAUUAAUGCGCUGGCGCCGGCUGUUAUUGAGACGAAUAUUGCGCCGGAUUCUGCGCUGUUCAGGUCCAUGAUUCUUACGCCCAUGUCCACUGCUACGAGGGCGGUUGCGCAGCUUGUUAAUGACUCUUCGUUGACGGGGAAAGUGCUGGAAUUGCAUGGGGAGGAGGUGACGUUUGCGGAGCCGCCGGCGUAUGUCGACGAAGAUACGGGGACGAAUAUUGAGAUGUUCUGGAAGCUGGGAUAUGCGUAG